AUGUCGGCCCUCCAGUCCUUCAGCAAGUGGCUGCACCUGAAGCAGUACCAGAUCGAGGUCACAUUCAGCGUCUACAUCUUCACGCCCCUGGAGAAGUUCAUCUUUUACACCGUGCUCUUCCUCCUGAGCAGUCUGACCAUCAUCGCGACCGUCCUCUACCUGCCCCAGCACAUCGCCUUCCUCAUGAGUCGUGCCUGGUUCUACAUGCACGGCGACCCGAUUGACGCCGUCGUCGACGCGGUGGUUGACGCUGUCGAGGUGACAAAGGCUGCCGUCGAGAGCGUGCUGACCGCCGGCUCGACCAAGACUGCCGUCGCCCUGGCCCAGGAGACUGUCGAGCUUGUCAGGGAGCUGUAG